GCGCCGCGCAGCGUUGCGCCGCGCCGCGCUGCGCUGCGCUGGGCUGGGCCGGGGCGGGCCGGACGGCGCCGCCCGGGGCGCGCCGUGCCCUUUGACCGGCGGCGCUCCCGGGGCGGGGGUAUAAAUGGGGCGCGGCGGCCUCGAGGCUGUCUCUCUCUCCGCUCCUGCCCCUUUGCUCUGUGCUCCCCGGCUUCCCACCCCCUAACCCCCCCCCCAAAAGACAAAAAAAAAAGAACCUAAAAAAACCUCAAGCUCCAAGUGAACAACGAAGAACGGACGCGCGGAGAGACCGUCCGCGGAUCGGGGGCUUGGCUUGAGACCUCCCGGCGCCGAGAGAGACCUUUGCCCCGCUCCGCCUACUCGUCUGCGUGUCAGGCCCCCGCGUGUCUGUCUUCCGUCUCCGUGCUCGGUACCGCGUGUUCGUUCCGUCUCCCACGUGUUUGCCCCCUCCCCCCGUUUUCUCCCCUCUCCGGCUGGUCCCCCACGUGGCCCGCCUCGGCCUCCGUGUUCCUCCUCCCCCUGUUGCUCUCGCUCCUGUUCCCGGCCCCCACGUGUCCUUGAACCGUGUGCCGGUCGCCUCCCUCCCUCCUUGUGCUUUCCCUCCCCACGUCCGCGGCCGCCGCGCUCCCCCACGUGGCUUCUCCCCCGCGUGCCGCCGCGUUUGCUGCUUCCCUGCCGGCUUCCCUUGCUAUUCCCCCACGGGGAAGGCGACAGCUACCACCGCCCGCCUGCGAGGCCUCGUUGAAGGGGGCUGUCGAGUUGGGGGACCACCCAAGAGGGAAUAAGGCUCCUCUCUGGGGGUUCUAAAUUGAAGCCGGAAGGCUGAACCGUGGGUUUCGGCCCCAUUUUUGUCGUGCUUGUCUGUGUCGCUUGUGUUUCCCCUAACAUGCGGCUGUGAUUCUCCGGGCUUCGUCUCCACGUUUCCUUGAGGCUUCGCAACCUUUACUGGCUGGCUCAGACUUCUCUUUCCCCUUGUCUGUGGCUAGAUUUUGGCCUCGGCCAAAAUCGUAAAAGUCUUGUCUUUUUCUCCCCUUGCUUUGGUUCCAGAAAGAGUUCCUCCUGGCGGGGCUCGGGGUGUUGGGGGGUGGGGAGAUGAACACUGCUGCCAGCAGUUACCCCAUGGCCUCCCUAUAUGUCGGUGACUUGCACUCAGAUGUCACCGAAGCCAUGCUGUACGAGAAGUUCAGCCCUGCUGGACCCGUGCUGUCCAUUCGGGUCUGCAGGGACAUGAUUACCAGGCGCUCCCUGGGAUAUGCCUAUGUCAACUUUCAGCAACCAGCUGAUGCUGAAAGGGCCCUGGAUACCAUGAACUUUGAUGUCAUUAAAGGCAAACCAAUCCGUAUCAUGUGGUCUCAACGGGAUCCCUCCUUGAGGAAAUCAGGAGUUGGGAAUGUUUUCAUUAAAAACCUGGAUAAGUCCAUAGACAACAAGGCACUUUAUGACACCUUUUCAGCAUUUGGGAACAUCUUGUCCUGCAAGGUGGUGUGUGAUGAAAAUGGUUCUAAAGGCUACGCAUUUGUGCACUUUGAGACCCAGGAUGCUGCAGAUAGGGCCAUCGAGAAGAUGAACGGCAUGCUUCUCAACGACCGAAAAGUGUUUGUUGGUAGAUUCAAGUCAAGGAAAGAACGGGAAGCAGAGCUGGGAGCCAAAGCUAAGGAAUUCACCAAUGUGUACAUCAAAAACUUUGGUGAUGAUAUGGAUGAUGGAAGACUGAAGGAGCUUUUCAGCAAAUAUGGUAAAACUCUUAGUGUCAAAGUGAUGACUGAUCCUAGUGGAAAAUCCAAAGGCUUUGGCUUUGUGAGUUUUGAGAAGCAUGAAGAUGCCAAUAAGGCAGUUGAAGAAAUGAAUGGAAAAGACAUCAAUGGAAAGAUGGUAUUUGUAGGCCGGGCACAGAAAAAAGUUGAACGCCAGGCUGAAUUAAAACGGAAAUUUGAGCAGCUAAAACAAGAGAGAAUCAGCCGCUACCAGGGGGUGAAUCUCUAUAUUAAGAACUUGGAUGACACCAUUGAUGAUGAAAAAUUAAGGAAGGAAUUUUCUCCUUUUGGAUCAAUUACCAGUGCCAAGGUGAUGCUCGAGGAUGGGCGAAGUAAAGGCUUUGGCUUUGUCUGCUUCUCUUCGCCUGAUGAGGCAACCAAAGCAGUAACAGAAAUGAAUGGGCGCAUUGUGGGCUCAAAGCCCUUGUAUGUUGCACUUGCACAGAGGAAAGAAGAAAGGAAAGCUCACCUAACCAAUCAGUAUAUGCAGCGUAUUGCAGGAAUGAGAGCCCUACCUGCCAACACUAUCAUCAAUCAGUUUCAGCCAACUCCUGGGGGCUACUUCAUGCCAGCAGUGCCCCAGGCUCAGAAUAGACCUCCUUAUUAUGCUCCCAAUCAGAUAGCCCAGAUGAGACCCAAUCCCCGAUGGCAACAAGGUGGAAGACCUCAAGGCUUUCAAGGAGUACCAAACACCAUUCGUCAGUCUGGGCCACGCCCUGCUCUUCGACACCUGACUCCAGCCAGUAAUACCCAGGCUUCUCGAGGGCUCCCUACUACUCCUCAGAGAGUGGGGGUGCCCACUGCUGUGCAAAAUUUAUCUCCUAGACCCUCUGUAGCUACCCCUGCACCUCGAGCCGUCCCUCCUUACAAAUAUGCUGCAAAUGUCCGAAGCCCCCAUCCAGCCAUCCAGCCUUUGCAGACACCUCAACCAGCAGUCCAUGUGCAAGGCCAGGAGCCCUUGACAGCUUCCAUGCUGGCUGCUGCUCCUCCCCAGGAACAGAAACAGAUGCUAGGAGAGCGCUUGUUCCCAUUGAUUCAAACCAUGCACAAUAAUUUAGCGGGGAAGAUCACAGGUAUGCUGCUAGAGAUAGAUAAUUCAGAACUGCUGCACAUGCUGGAGUCUCCAGAAUCCCUCCGUUCAAAGGUGGAGGAAGCCGUAGCAGUAUUACAAGCUCAUCACGCCAAGAAGGAAGCUGCUCAGAAGGUGGCUGUGGUUGCUGCUACCUCUUAGACCAGAAAAACUGGAUACUCUGAAGCUUCACAGCCCCUUCAUAGAUGUUCACUGAGCAUGUGGAGACUUCUUCACUGUACUACAGACUGGACAAUAGAUGGCAGAAGAAGCUGCUGCCAUUCUGUAUGUUUUUUCUUUGGGAAAAAUCAAUUUGAAAGGUCAAUUCUUCAAAAGCCUAAAGCUUUUCAGUGGUCAAAUUUCACAGGUUUCUUGUGUGUAGCCUGGAUCCUGUUAACCUUUAAUUUAAUUUAAUUUUUCUCUUCUAAAAAAGCUUUUCUGACUGUUUUGUUUUGGUUUUAUCAGGAAUUGGUUUUAUUUGAAAUAUCCAAUUUACAGAGUCUGGAAAAGUGUUUCUCAAUAAAGAAGUAAAACCUUCAUAAA